UUCGCAACUCCAUCGGGAAUGACUUCUGGCGUGCUCACUGGUGUUGAAACUCCGGAUACUAUCGAAUUACGGAAAGGAAAACGCAUCGAGGAAAGCAGUACGACGGGAGGUGAUACACCAGCUCCUUCGCUGUAUUCGGUUCUGCCAGAACGUCGAAUUGAUCGCAUUGCGGGACAGAUGAUGGCCAGUACGCACGUUUACGAUCUUCCGAAGAAAACGGUGCCUGCUCCAAGUGCGCAAGGCGCCGAUGCAGGCGUGGAAGUGUCGCUGAAUCCGGAGGAUCUCGACUUGGCCGAUCAAAAAGAGCUGGAGAAAAAAUACGAGGAGCAGUUGCGGAAGCAGAUUCGUGGGCGCCAAGAUGACGAUGAAGAUUUUUCGGAUAUGGUUGCUGAACACUCUGCUAAGCAGAAUGUUAGAUUUUAA